UUGGAGCUCGGUGUUAAGCUGGUUGGCUGGCAGGGGCUGGUUGGUCGGUCGGUUGAGGGUAGCCAUGGCUCGACUCGCUGCGCUACUGCUGUUACCGGUUCUUAUUGAAUCUGUAUUCUCCAUUUCUUUCUUUUUACCGGUCAACUCGAGGAAGUGCUUACGAGAGGAGAUCCACAAAGACGUGCUCGUCACGGGGGAGUAUGAAAUAAGCGAACAGGCGAACACCAAAACUAACCUGAAGAUCACAGAUUCCUCCAGUCACACUCUUUACUCCAAGGAAGAUGCAACAAAAGGAAAGUUUGCGUUCACCACAGAGGACUAUGACAUGUUUGAGGUGUGCUUCGAGAGCAAGUCACCCAUGGGGACUGGAAGAGUGCCUGACCAGCUGGUCAAUCUGGACAUGAAGCAUGGUGUGGAGGCCAAAAACUAUGAAGAGAUUGCCAAGGUGGAGAAGCUGAAGCCUCUCGAGGUCGAGCUGAGGCGACUGGAGGACUUGUCAGAAUCUAUCGUAAAUGACUUUGCUUACAUGAAGAAGAGAGAGGAGGAGAUGCGGGACACCAAUGAGUCCACCAACACACGUGUGCUGUACUUCAGCAUAUUCUCCAUGUGCUGUCUCAUUGGGCUGGCUACAUGGCAGGUCUUCUACUUGCGGCGCUUCUUCAAGGCAAAGAAGCUGAUCGAGUAGAGCGGCCCCUAGCUCCUGACCUCGGGGGAAGCUGCCUGCCAGUCAGCCAACACAUCCCAACAUCCACCCUCUUUGGACUAGCUUCAGCAAACAACAGCAAGUGGGGUUGAGGGGCUCAAAUUCUAGUUUUCACAGCUGUAAGAGAAAAAGUACCAAGGUUGUCCUCUGAAAAACGAUUC